CUGUGCGCGGUGUGGCACUUGCGGUUGUGCAAUGACACUCCGCACACCCACUCUGGCACCCUUUACCCUCCAGUCACAUACCCUAGCCACAUCACCCGGGAAUACUCCAAACUACAGACCAUCUACAGUCUCGAGUCUCUAGUGAAGCCAAACAUCAGGAAAGUCUAAGACAAGCACAUACGCACCCCAUUCACCAUGACUUUACCGGGUUCACACCAAAUGCUGGGGAACCCACUCCUCCAGUACCAGCUGUUGCUCAAUAGUCUCCUCCUGCCGAUGACGUCGCCGCCAGGCAACAGUGACAACACCAUCGUAGAGGAGACUCUUGAAACAGCUGGCAUUCGCGAUCUCGACGACUAUCUCCGUAUGACGUCCUUUUCUAACCAGCUGGCAAUCAUACAACUCAACAAACUGGUGACACAACUUGUCGACGGCGAAAACAAAGAGGAAGAAAAUAAGUCCCAGAAGGAAGAACAGAUGAAGAUGGAGUUCCAGGUAAAACUGUUGAAUCAGCUGGAACAAGGCUUCAAGCUUCUCAGCAAAGAAAUAAACAAAAACAAUAACCUCAUCACCAACAUCACCGAUUCUGGCGAAGUGGAACAGGCGAUACAGGCAGUGGGUGAGAGGUUAGUCAACGCCAGCUUGAACGUCACCUCUCUACGGAAUGAACUUCAUAACCUAAACUUUUCCCACACCUGCGGCUUACAAGACUUGGUGGUGGCGCUGCAGAUGGGAGCGCUGGAAGCAGUGAGUGAUGACCUGGGCGGCCUCACACUCAACCUCACCACCUCUGGCACCAACAACUUUCAAGGGGUCAAGGAAGCAACGACAAAGGUGGUCACCCAGAUGUUAAACCAGCAGAAUGACCUUUUCGCAGACUCGAUGACAACAGUGCGGCUGGAAGUCGUGCAGAUGGUGAACGAGACCAGGACCGCCAUCAAUGAGGACUUAAACAACCUUACAUACUACGUCCAAAACUUCUCCAACACCGCCACCAAACAGUCUGAAGAGGCACUGGAGCUGGCACAGAACACAGCCAUAGGGGUCAUGCAGCUUCAGGCGGACCUCUACAGCAUAAUGGAGAAACUAAAUUCGUCCACCGCUAAAAUCUCCCCCGACGCACCUGCAUCACGGUGUCCUGAAUAUUUUAUCGAAGUAGAGGAAGAAUGCUUCUACAUCAGCAAGCCAGGAGAAACGCUGUACUGGGAUCAAGGCAGGAAGCUCUGCAGGAAUAUCGGCGGGGACUUGGCCGUACCCAGCAAUGUUCUCACCUUCAUCCUCGCCGUUAGGAAUCAUGUUGGUGAGCGUGCAGACAGACUGUGGGUGGGCGGGAGGGAACACGAGGUGGAGGCAACCCCAGAUCCACUUCGCAGUGAUACGAGUUACGAAUCCGAACUGCAGAACGGUGCCCCCUGGUACUGGCUGACAGAGGUCGAGGUGGAUCACGGCUGGCUGAAGGGCCAACCCUCAGGAAACACCGGAGAAAGCAACUGCCUCACCGUCUCAGGUUUGGGCUUGGACGACGCCGAUUGUGGCUUGAACUUGGGCUUCAUCUGUGAGAUUGAUUGA